AGGGGAUGUGAUACUUAUCUCCCAUGGAAGCUCAACCUGAAGCAAUCAAAACUAUGGAGAGUGAUCCUGUCAAGGAUCCUUCAUCAUCAAGAUUCACAUGGAGAAUUGAAAACUUUUCUAGGUUGACUAAAAAAGAGCUCUAUUCAGAAAUAUUUAUUGUUGGUGGCCAUAAAUGGCGUGUGUUUAUUUUCCCUAAAGGGAACCAUGUGGACUAUUUGUCCUUGUAUUUGGAUGUUGCAGAUUCAGCUAGUUUGCCCAAUGGUUGGAGUAUAUAUGCAAACUUUAACUUGACAAUAGUUAAUCAAGUCUAUAAAAAGGACUCUCUGAUAAAAGAGAUGCAACAUGAAUUCAAUGCCCGAGAAAGUGAUUGGGGUUUCACGUACUUCAUGCCACUUGGUGAAUUGAAUGAUCUUUGUGGAGGGUAUAUUGUGAAUGAUACUCUUGUAGUUGAAGCCAAGUUUAUUGAUUUAAAGAAGGAGACUGGGUCUGUUGUUCUGAAGAAAGAACAGGACGAAAAAGUUAACAAAAUCAAAGAAAACGAAGAGGCUCACCUUUACACUGUUAUAAAGGUGGCACGAGAUGAAGACCUUGCUGAGCAGAUUGGAAAGGAUAUGUAUUUUGAUCUGGUAGACCAUGACAAAGUGAGGAGUUUCAGUGUAAAAUAUCAUAUGUCUUUUAACCUUUUCAAGGAAGACUUUGCUAAAGAGUUUGGCAUACCAGUUCAAUUCCAGCGCUUUUGGCUAUGGCAAGAGCGUCAAAACUAUACAUAUCGUCCUAAUCGGCCACUGACACAUGUUGAGGAAGCACAAUCUAUUGGACAGUUGAUAUGGGAAUCAAACAAUUUCCACAAUGCAGAACUAAAAUUAUUUUUGGAAGUGGAGCUUGGGCUGGAUUUACGACCAAUUGCACCACCUGACAAAGAAAAGGAUGAUAUUUUAAUAUUCUUCAAGUUAUAUGAUCCUGAAACAGAGGAGCUACGUUAUGUUGGAAGGCUUUUUGUGAAGAGUACUGGCAAGCCAUCAGAAAUCCUAAUGAGGUUAAAUGUAAUGGCUGGUUAUGAUCCUGACGAAGAGAUUGGACUUUAUGAGGAAAUCAAGUUUAAACCAAAUAUGGUGUGCGAACCAAUUGAUAAUAAAUUAACAUUUCGAGAUAGCCAGCUAGAAGAUGGAGAUAUUAUAUGCUUUCAGAAAUCUCCUGCAAUGGAUAGUGAGAAAAGUGUCCGCUAUCCAGAUGUGCCUUCAUACUUAGAUUUCGUGCGCACCUGCCAGGUUGUUCACUUCCGAUCUCUAGAUAAACCUAAAGAAGAUAGCUUCUGCCUGAAGAUGACAAGGAUCUAUACAUAUGAUGAUGUUGUGGAGAAAGUUGCUCAACAACUUGGUCUGGAUGAUCCAUCCAAAAUUAGGCUUACCCCACACGACUGCUCCUCUAAACAACCAAAACCCCGGCCUAUUAACUACCGAGGGGUGAAGCAUUUAUCUGAUAUGCUGAUUCACGAUGAUCAGGCUUCCGAUAUGUUAUACUAUGAAGUACUUGACAUCCCUCUGCCAGAAUUGCAAGGUUGGAAAACUCUGAAAGUUGAAUUUCACCAUGCUACCAAGGAUGAAGUGGUUGUUCAUACCAUCAGACUCCCAAAGCAGAGUACUGUGGCGGAUGUCCUUGAUGAUCUAAAAACAAAGGUGGAAUUGUCUCGUCCUGAUGUUGAGCUUAGGUUGCUUGAAGUCUUCUAUCACAAGAUAUACAAGGUGUUUUCUCCCAAUGAAAAGAUUAAAAACCUCAAUGAUCAAUACUGGACAUUACGUGCAGAAGAGGUAGCAGUUUAUUUCUGUAUUCCGGAAGAAGAGAAAAAUGUUCCUCAUGGUCAUCUAAUUCAUGUCUAUCAUUUUAUCAAAGAAGCAGCUCAGGAACAAACUAAAAUUAAGAACUUUGGGAAACCCUUUUUCUUGGUCGUACAUAAAGGUGAGACUUUGUCUGAAAUUAAAGUGCGAAUACAGAAGAAACUUCAAAUUACUGAUUAUGCUUUUGCCAAGUGGAAAUUUGCUUUUGUUUCAUCAGGGCGUCCUGAGUACCUUCAGGACAGUGAAAUUGUAUAUAGUCGUUUUCAGAGAAGAGACGUUUAUGGUGCUUGGGAACAGUAUCUUGGGUUGGAGCAUAAUGAGAAUGGUCGCAUUCCUAUAGUGCAGGAGUUGGGGUUGCUAGUUUCUAGCAACCACCUGGUUAAAGAGGAUGUUCCUUUGUUAACUGAAUUUCUGUUGAAGUAUCCUUGUGUUCGUAUUCGUGAUGAAGCUUUUACCAACAAAUAUCGGGGUUUUGCAUAUGGUUGCUUGGCUGAGUUGCUGAGGUUUCUGGGGUCUUGUAGUGUUAUUGAUGCAGCUGGUGAUCGCAAGCAAGAGUAUGAUAACUUGGUUGCUGAUGUUCGCAGCUGUGCUUUUUCAGAACAUAGCUGGCUUGCUCACCUUAUUCCCUUCUUCGAAGAGUUUUAAGAGGUGCUUUUCAAAAUUUGCUAAGAUGAUGAGGUCCUUAUUCCUUUCUAUAAAGGCUUUAGUUUAAGCAACUUUCACAAUGGUCACGGUCGUGGUACUAAUAAGUUUAAGCUUAUGAGAACUUGAACUUCACAAUGGUGUACUAGCAUUGCUUGGAUCCUCUCCUCUCCUCUCCUUCUAAUUUGUCAUUUUCACUUUUUUAUUUCGACUUAUGUUGAGGUUUUCAUUUAUUUUUUCCCCGAAUAAUGUCAUUGGGAGCUACACUAUGGUUUCAAAAGGAGUUUUAG